AAACUAAAAACAGAUAAGGUUCAUAUCACAGAAGCAAGAAAUCCCAAAAGGAAGGUUCACCUCACAAGUAUAACAAACUUGAACAUACAAUUCCAAACACUUCCUUUCUUUCAAUCAUUCUUGCCUGAAACAUUUCCAGGAACAUUCAAAACACUAGAUCCCAAUAUAUAUGGCUCACACUAUGGCUUCUAUAGGCGGACUAAUUGGUUCUUCUCAAGCUAUAAUGGAAGGCAGUCUCCAAAUCAGUGGCUCAGUUGGCUUGAGAAUCCCAAAAACCAGUAGAAUUUCCUUGGCAGCUAAACCAUGUCUUUGUAUUAGAGCUCAGCAGGGAUCUGCUCAUGAGACUGAAACCAGUCGCAGAGCUAUUCUGGGUAUUGUUGCUGCAGGUUUAGGUUUAGUUUGUGGGUCAUUUGCUCAAUCAGCUUUUGCAGAAGCUAGAUCUAUCAAGAUUGGUGGCGCUCCUCCUCCCUCCGGUGGACUGCCUGGAACUUUGAACUCAGAUCAAGCAAGAGACCUUAAGUUACCAUUAAAAGAUAGAUUCUACCUCCAACCACUAACACCAGAUCAGGCAGCACAGAGAGCUAAGGAAUCAGCCAAGGAUAUUAUUAAUGUCAAACAAUUCAUUGACAAGAAAGCUUGGCCUUAUGUCCAGAAUGACCUUCGUCUCAAGGCAGAAUAUCUUCGUUAUGAUCUCAAGACUGUCAUUUCUGCUAAGCCGAAAGACGAGAAGAAACAACUCCAGGAACUGUCAGGGAAGCUCUUCAAGGCCAUUAGCGAUCUCGACUAUGCAGCAAAGACUAAGAACAGCGCGCAAGCCAAGAAGUGUUAUGCAGAAACUGUAUCUACUCUGAAUGAUGUUUUGGCCAAGCUUGGCUAGUUAGAAUGCAGUAUGUACCAUUUUGUAAAUAUCCAUAUAAGUUAAAGAGAAAACUUGCUGAAUUCAAUUUUUAAGAGAGGUUUUGGCAAUAUGUUCAAAACUAAAAUAUUUCAGCAUUCACACA